AUGCGCACCCGCGCAACGGCCCAUUCUGAGGCCUUGGACGUGGCGUAUCUCUCCAAUACCUACGACAUCCCCGAGGCCGAUCUACAGACAUUGAUUGAUGCCCCGACUACAGAACUCAUACACGACUUUCUGCUGUCACUCACCGACAAGGGCAAGGAGAAUGACGCCCUCAAAGCGGAUAAACUGAAGGCCGAUGUCGAGCUAGAGAACACCUCGCGGACCGCCGAGACGAAGCUCAAGGCGCAGAAGGCUCAGGUGACGAAGCACGCGAAGGAAGUUGAGGAGCUUCGGACCAAGCUCAACGAAGCUGAAAGCGCACGUGAGACGCUGUCAAGUGAGCUCGAGCAACUCCGCUCGUCUUCAUCCGGCUCAACGGCGGAGACCCAAACGCUGAGACAAAGGAUUGAGACGCUCGAGGCUUCAAAUCGCGAUGCAUUGGCAUUAGUGGAGAGCAAAUCGACCGAGAAGGACCGCGUGGCCACCGAGCUUGGGGAGCAGCAUGGCAAGCUGCUUGCCCUCCGCCGUGAGAUCUCUCAACUCGAGGAGCGCAGCCAGUCCCUCGAAAACGCCGCAUCAUCACAGAAGUUCAAAGAGCAGUCUUUGCAGCAGGAAAUCGAUUUGAUCAAGAAGAACAGUGAGUAUUACGCAGGUGAACUCCAGAAAAACAACGAAAGCCAGGCGCAGUACCGCAAGGAGCGCAAUGCACUCGUAGCGAAUUUGCAGCGUGAGCUGGAGGAUAGCACGGCGACCGUGGACACCCUCAAGCGCUCGGAGACGACGUUGCGGCAGAGACUGGACGAGGUGCAGGGCAAGGCAGACGAGGCUUUCGCGAGGAUCGCUGCUCUGGAGGAGGAGGCCGCCCGGAAGGAGCAAGGAUGGAAAGCAGAACUUGAUGGCAGCAAGAGACUGGGAGAGCUCCAGGCUCAGAAUGCCGCCACACACCGGGCUCGUUUGCAGGAGGUCCAAGGCCAGGUUGAUAGGAUCAAGGAGGAGGCAGCCGAGGAGAUCGGUAGGCUGCAGGCUGACAUUGAGACUGAGAGGAAUGACAAAGAGCAAGCCGAAACCAAGCUUGCUGAUCUCGAACUACAAGUGCAACGGCUGGAGCAGCAACCGCGAGCAUCAAGGCCGGGUACUCCGAUGAGGAAUGGUUCAGGCGACCCUGCAACACCUGGUCGUGUUGGGUCACCGUUCGCCCUGUCAACAUCCGCUCGCAAGUUUGGCAACAAGAUGCCUUUCUCCAACACCGAGUACUGGACCAAAUACAACGAGCUUCAGCAGGAGCUUGAAGCGGAGCGUCGCCGGACACAGAAGCUUUCCACCGCUGUCGAUGACAUGGUCACCGAGCUGGAAAAUCGCGCUCCGGAGUACAUCGAGAUGCGGAAAUCGCACGAUGAACUCGAGCAACAGGUUUUGGACUUCUCGCAGCUACUCGAGGAGGCACACGGCAACCGCGAUAACGCCGCGAAGGAGGCCGAGCGAUACCAGAGCGAAGCGGAGGCCAGGCUACGUGAAGGCGAGAUUCUGCGCCAGCAGCUCCGCGAUCUCUCUGCGCAAGUCAAGAUUUUGACGGUGGAGGUUCAAUGCCGAGAGCAGGGCUUGGAUGGCAUGUCCGCGGAUGAGAGAUAUCGCAUGGAGCUUAUGGCAAGGGGCGAGAUGGACGACUUUCAAGCAGAGAACGAGUCGUUCACCAACCAGAUCAUUUCUCAGAAACUGGUCAUCUUCCGGGACGUCAAGCAACUGCAGGAGAAGAACCAGCAGAUGCGCCAGAUGUUGCGGGAGUUUGGGGAGAAGAUGGAAGGUGAAGAAGCUCGCAAGAAGGACGCCGAAUCGCAAGCAAACGUGCUGGAGAUCGAGGAGCUCAGACAGCAGAUUGCGAGGUACAAGGACGAAAUCCAGGCGACUUCGACCCAGAUUGACAGUUACGUUAAGGAGCGCGAUAUGUUCCGGCGAAUGCUACAACGACGCGGCGAUGUACCACCUGGUACCGAUCUCCAGUCAGCGUUCGGCCAAAGCAUAUCGCCUGCCACACCCCAGCGCAACGUUGCUGACGGUGUCCCGCAAACACCACGAUCACGGGAUGCUGAAGAUCUCAAUAAGAUUCUGAAGGAGCAGCAGACUUUCUUCGACCAGUACCGGAACGAGUCUUCGGAAGACCGCAAGAUGCUCAAGGAUCAGGUCGACGCUCUUGGCCGUGAAAAGAGUAAUCUGCAUGCUGAGCUGGCGCACUGGAAGUCGCAGAAGACGCUUGCCGACGAGCGGUUGCAGAUGCUACAAGCGAAUUACAACAGCUUACGUGGCGAGGGUCAAGAGCUUCAGAAGCGAUCGCAGCAGAUGGCUGAGAAUGCCGCCAAGCAGGAUCUCCGGACACAGCAGGUGGCAGAGGAGCUUGUCGAGGCACGCUCAAUGUCAGAGUCGUUGCGUAACGAGAACGCAAAUGUGAAGGCGGAGAAGGAGUUGUGGAAGCGCAUUGAAGCUCGCUUGACGGAGGACAACAAGAGUCUGAUGGACGAGCGAAGCAGGCUGAAUAAGCUUGUCACCGACCUACAGAAUCUUCAGAACGAGCGUGAGCUUUCUGACUCCGAGUCUAGACGGCGACUGCAGGGUCGUGUGGAGAGCCUGGAGAGCGAGCUCAGCGAGGCGAAGAAGAAGCUUGACCAGGAAGUCGAGGAUGCCCGGCAGGCGACGCUGAGGCGCGAGUACCAGGAUGGCCAGUCUCGCACUCGCAUCGACGACCUCGUCAAGUCGCUGGGUAAUGUGCGAGAAGAGCUUGUCGCCACCAAAACGACAAGAGAUCAGCUCCAGACUCGCGUGGAUGAGAUGAAGAUCGAGCUUCGCUCUGCAGAAGAGAGAGCUGCAGCGCUUCAGCCUCGUCCGACACCUCGCACUGAACCACAGCAGAAUGGACAGCAGGAGGAUGACGAGGAGCUCUCGGCUGAGCAGCGCCUUGCCCUUGAGGUCUCCGAUCUGCGCCGUGAUCUUGAGCUGGUCAAGAAUGAGCUCGAAGCUGCGAAGCAACAAGCCGAGCAGUACAAGACAAUUUCCCAGGCAACAGAGGAGGAAUUGGCAAGCUUCAACGAGACGAGCGAGCAGUUCAAGGAGGAAAUGGAUCGCCAAAUCGCCGAGAAGGACGAGCGUGCUACGCAAUUGCAGCAGCGCGUUGACGAUCUGAUGACGGAGCUGAGCACGACGAACAACGAGUUGUCCGAACUCAGGUCCAAGUCGGAGGAUUCUGAUCGCGUGCUCAAUGAGCAGAAGUCGAACUUCGAGGCUGAGAUCUCUCGACUCACCAACGAUGCCGAGCGCCAUGGGGAGGAGAAGAAGCUCUACCAGGAGGACCUUAAAGCGCAAGCGGAGAUUGCACAGCAAGCGCAGCAGUCCUACGACGAUGAACUCGUCAAACAUGCGGAGGCUGCGAAGAACCUCAAGAUCGUGCGCGACGAGCACAACGCUCUGCGCACGGAAGUCGCUGGUAUCAGGGCUGAAGCCGAGGCUGCGAAGGCCAGUCUGGAGCGUGGAGAGGAGAGCUGGGCUGAGCAGCGCGAGCAAUUCGAAGGUGAGCUUGCUGAGGCUAAGCGGAGGCGCCUGGAUGUCGAUGAGCAGAAUCGUCUACUGCACCAGCAGAUGGACUCAUUCUCGUCGGAGCUUGCUGCACUCCGAUCUGGGCGUGCAGCACAAGGUGGCGAUGGCGAGGAGCGUGCUGCUACGCCUUCUGGUGACGGAAGCAUGCAGGAAGUCGUCAAGUACUUGCGCCGCGAGAAGGAGAUCGUUGACGUGCAGUAUGAGCUCUCGAUGCAGGAGUCGAAGAGACUACAGCAACAGCUCGACUACGCCAACACGCAGCUCGAAGACGCACGACAGAAGCUCGCGGAAGAGCGCCGCCAGUCUUCCGAGAAGACUGCUAACGAAGGCAGCACGACCAAACUCAUGCAGACGAUUAACGAGCUCAACCUCUUCCGCGAGAGCUCAACCACACUCCGCAACGAGGCUCGCCAGGCCCGCGAGAAGCUCGACGAGAAGAGCAAGGAAGUUGAGCGUCUUGUUGCCGAGCUCGACCCACUCAAAGGCCGUGUCGGCGAGUUGGAAGGCGAACUCGAGAGCAAGGAGGGCGAGCGCAAGCUUCUCCAAGACGAUCGCGACCACUGGCGCGAGCGGACGCAGAACAUCAUCUCCAAGUACGACCGCGUCGACCCUGCCGAGCUGGAGGAUCUGAAGCAAAAGCUCGCCACUCUAGAAGCUGAGAAAGAGCGAUUAGAGACCGAGCAGGCGCCACUUCGCGAGCAGGCUGAAGGGGUGGAGGCGAAGGUCUCGGAGGCUGUGGAGGAGAAGUCGAAGGCGUUGCGGGAGACGCUUGAGAAGUUCAAAGUUCAGGCCAAAGAGCAGAAUCGGAAGCAGAACGCCAGGAUCAAGGAUGCCGAGACGGCUACUGAGACUGCGAAUGGUGAGAAGGCGAAGAUAGCUGAGGAGAUCGAGGGGGUGAAGCAGGAGUUGGAGGAGGCGAGGACGAAGUUGCAGGAGGCGGAGAGCAAGGCAGCUGGCUCACAGGGUGGUGAUGUUCCGACUGCCCAAGGCGAUCAACAGGCGCUAGAAGCACGGGCUACCCAGGCAGAGGCGAAUGCGACCGAGCAGACCAACCGCGCGGACGCUCUCAACAGCGAAGUCCAGACGCUCAAGACUAAGGUGACUGAGUUGGAGACGCAGGUCUCGACGCUUCAAGAGCAGCUGGACAAUGCUCUCCAAGGUGAAGAGGGCGAAAUCAACCAGGACACCGAGACGCUUGAUAAGCUUCGACAGGACCUCGCAACGGCACAACAAGAAGUCGAGGCUCUUCGGACAAACGCGAGCAACACCGCCCCUUCUACUACCACAGAUGCUCAGCCAGCCGAAGGCGAAAAGAGCGUCGCCGACCAAGUCGCCGAGCAGGUUGCGCAGCUGCGCACAGAACUAGAGCAGCAGCAUGAGCUGGCGAAGAAGCAGCUCGAAGAGGAGCGCGACCGCCGCGUCGAAAGCAUGAAGACCAACCUCUCGAAACAGCUGAAGGAGGGCAAGGAGAAGAUCCGCGAAGAAGUGCGGGCGGAGAUGGUCCAGACACAUUCGGAAGAGCUGCAGAAGCUGCGUGAUGAGCAUGAAGCGGCGGUUCAGAAGCUGGAGGCUGACCAUCAAGCUGAGGUCGAGAGGUUGAAGAAGGAGGGUGGUGCUGCUCUCGCGAAGGCGGAGGGUGAGGGAUCUGAUGCUAAGCCAGACACCGCUACCGCUGCCGCGGCGGAGGAGUUGCCGACGGAAGAGCAGGUCUUGCAACUCAUGAAGACGAACCAGCGGGUCAAGGGCAUUUUCAACUCCAACAUCAACAAGCGUGUGGCGAGCGAGACUGAGAGGCUCAAGGCUGCGGUUACGGAGAAGGAGGAGGAGAUUGCGAAACUUCAGGAGGAGCGAGGCGCUACUACUGCUACUAACACUGGCGGCGAGGAAGUUGAUGAGCUGAAAAAAAAGAUUGCGGAUGCUGAGGAGGAAAUCGCUGAGCUCAAGAAGAAGCUCACCACUGCCGAGCAGGAAGUGAAGAAGUCAAAAGUGCAGAUCAGUCAGCUCGGUAUGGCUCAGGCGAAGAUCCAGGCUGUCAAGAAGGCUGUGGCCGAGACGCCAGACAAGGGCGUUAAAGAGGUGUGGGAUGUCGCGGACAAAGCCAAGCCUGCACCUAAGCCCGCGGCGGCUCCAACGACUGCAUCACCGGCACAGAAGCCCGUCGUGCCACCUUCGCCGACCACGCAGGCGCCCACGCCGCAGAACCAGGUCGCUUCGCCAGCCGCUGCGACCGCGCCAGCGCAGGAGCAGACGGAGGAGCAGAAGAUUAUUGAACGGCAGAAGAGAUUCGGAACUGGACCUGCUACGACGUCGACACCUUCAUCUUUCGGCCAGCCUUCGACAGCGAGCACCUUCGGUCAGCCUAGCCAUGCAGGUGGUGCGUUGAGCCAGCCAGCCCGUAGGAUGAGCAUGUCGGCUCAGCCUGGCUCGAAUCCGAACGCUCAGUCUUUCACACCCAACGUCGGCACCGGGCCAGCUGCCCUGCGCGGUGCUCUCAGCGGUGCUCGCGGCGGCAGUGGCGGCAUCCCUCGCGCCCCAUCGCGUGGCGGCGGUGGAACGGGUCUGCAAAUCCAAGGCGCAGCAACCUCCCAGCCAGGCGCUGGUCGCGGAGCCCCACAAUCAGGUAUCCCCACCACACGAGGAUCCGGCGUGCCACGCGGCGGCGCCGGACGUGGUAGUGUCUUGCCUAGGGGUGGAGCAGCGAACGCAGGGCAAAAGAGGCCACAUGAUGGCGGAGACGGAGGGGAUGGUGGGAAGAGGAUGCGCGGCGGUGGAUCUUCGGGCUCGUAG